AUGUCUCCUUUCCGGUUGGUGUACGGUAAACCUUGCCACCUCCCUGUGGAAUUAGAGCACACGGCGUAUUGGGCGGUGAAGACGUGCAAUAUGAAUUUGGAUGAAGCGGGAUCGCAUAGGAAGCUUCAGAUUCAAGAGUUAGAGGAGAUACAGAAUGAUGCCUACGAAAAUGCUUGCAUCUAUAAGGCGAAGACCAAGGCGUUCCAUUACUCUCGUAUUUCACGUAAGUCUUUCACUAAAGGUCAGAAAGUUCUCCUCUAUCACUCUAGAUUAAAGUUAUUUCCCGGUAAAUUAAGGUCCAGAUGGAUAGGACCUUUUGUCGUUUUAACUGUUUUUGAGCAUGGUGCAGUAAAGAUUCAAAGUCUGUCUACGGGCCAGAUAUUCAAAGUUAACGGCCAUAGGCUAAAGCCGUUCUAUGAAGGCUUUGAUGGAAGGGAUUUAGAGAGGGUAGCUUUGGACACGCCAAACUACAAGAAUUGA